UUCAAAUUCAUUACAUUCUUUAUCAUAUUACAAAAAUGUAACAGAUUUAUAUCCACAAAAUUAGCAUUCAAAGUGUAUGUAGUUAAUAUGGUAUUUGGCACAAAACGGAGAGUAUAAUAGUUCAUCUUAGCAUUUGUGUAGUCAUCGCUGAUAUUGUCAAUAUCAUCAUGCAACAACUUUAGAUCAACAAUUCGAUUAUUGAUACUUGUUUUGUUACUGAUACUUGACAUUUUUUAAAAGUGCACGCGAAUGCAUCACCUAGUGAUUCUUUCUGAGCUUUUAUUUUGAAAGUGGCAUUGCGGAAGUUGUUCCGUUAAAGCCACUUCAGAGGAGGAGACAACCGAUUCAUCAACAAUCAACAACGAUUAACCGGAGCAUCCAUCCAUCCGUCUCCCCACCUCCACCGGUCACCCACCCACCGGCGUACCGGCAGCACGCAGCCCCCCCCCCCCCUCCCCCCCUUAAUGUAGAUUUAACCCCGUCGUCCCGACAUGACGGGCUACAACGCGUUUCACGCCCAUCUGACGUCCAUCAUGGAGGCGCUGACCAGCGCGGCGGUGUCAGAGAUCUGCGAGCUGGUGGAGGACAGCUACGCGGUGCUGCGGGUGGAGCUCCGCCGCAGCACCGCGGACAACGCGGCGCUGCGGCGGAAGCUGCAGCAGAUGGAGAGCGCCGCGGCCCGGGACCACCGGCGACAGCUCGGCGGGCUGCGGGCACCGGGCGGCGGGGACCUCCCUCCCGAGCGCCGGGGGGCCGAACCUAUGAAAGUAAACCUCCAAAGAGGUGGAAGAGCCCCCAGGCUGGAGGUCACAGCUCAGUUGACCUCUGCACCCAAAGAGGUGGGUCUUAUCAAACAUCUUCCUCUCUGCUUCAACUGUUCUACCCUUAGUAACAUCGUCUAUGGUCGAGCAAGGAGGACCGAAAGGCUGAGCACCUACUUCUCCUUGGCCUUCUUCUUCUCCUCCAGGUGGCGGUGCAUUUCCAGGCGGGACUCGGGCGUGAAUGCGCACGGCGUGUGCCAGAACUCCUUCUCCAACCGCUCCUCCUCCUCCGGGUCGCUGGGUCCCGACAUGACGGGCUACAACGCGUUUCACGCCCAUCUGACGUCCAUCAUGGAGGCGCUGACCAGCGCGGCGGUGUCAGAGAUCUGCGAGCUGGUGGAGGACAGCUACGCGGUGCUGCGGGUGGAGCUCCGCCGCAGCGCCGCGGACAACGCGGCGCUGCGGCGGAAGCUGCAGCAGAUGGAGAGCGCCGCGGCCCGGGACCACCGGCGACAGCUCGGCGGGCUGCGGGCACCGGGCGGCGGGGACCUCCCUCCCGAGCGCCGGGGGGCCGAACCUAUGAAAGUAAACCUCCAAAGAGGUGGAAGAGCCCCCAGGCUGGAGGUCACAGCUCAGUUGACCUCUGCACCCAAAGAGGGUUCUCCCUCAGGAGCCACAGAGAAGCCCGAGGACCAGGAUGUAGUUUUGAUCAAGGUGGAGGCGGCCAAAGAGGAGAAGAGCGACCACGAGGCGUCGGGCGAACUGCUGCUCAACGAGGACGGCACCGCGGGGCAGCUGUUGGACCCUGAUGACGGAGGACCCUGCGGAUUGACGGUGCACUCGGCGGAGGUCGCCAUGAUGCUGUGGGACCGGAGCAGCGUCGUCCCAGAACACCGGUGGACCCACAGUGCACCGGGGUCUGCGGGCGCCGCAGAGAGCGUCGCCUCGGACGCGGCGAUCGACUUGGAGUCGGACUGCAAGGCUCCGUCUGAGGGGGGGUCGGGGGGUCGGCCCUUCCUGUCUGGGUCCGGGGAAAGCCCCCCCGAGCUGAGACGGAUCGGCAGCUUCCCCUACGACACGAACCCUGACCUCGGCGCCUCGUGGACCAAUCAGGGCCUCCCUCACCGCUCGGCGCCGUCGGACCCGAGCCCCCUUCUGGACCCGCAGGAGCUGAGCCGGUUCUGCAGGGACGGCCGGCGCUUCGUCUGCAGCUUCUGCGGGAAACGCUUCACCUCGUCCCGCAGCCUGGAGACGCACGUGCGCGUGCACACGGGCGAGCGCCCGUACAGCUGCGCCCAGUGCGGGAAGCGCUUCACGCAGUCGGGUCACCUGAAGACGCACCAGAGCGUGCACACCGGGGAGCGGCCCUUCGCCUGCCGGCACUGCGGGAAGAGGUUCGCCGGAAAGCAGAACCUGAGGAUCCAUGAGCAGAAGCACCACGCGGCGGCGUAGCGUCCGAGACGCUCACACAGCAAGUACCCGGGGCUUUGGUUUGACGACAUUUAAGCCGCCCGGUGGACACCUGAGGCGAAGAAGCGUGUGUGUGUGUGUGUGGGGGGGGGGGGUUGAGAUUGACACUUAAGGUUUGUGAAGGACGACUUUGGGACUUUACAGUCCACAGAGAAGCCAGAAGAGGCCGAGUCCUCUGGAAGAAACAACUUGUGGUGGUUUCUGACUCAAAUGUGGAGAAUUGAUGCUUUUCCCUGUUUUUAUAUCUUUGUAAACUGAAUUGUUUGGACAUUGUCUUUGUUUGAAGGAUGGAACUGAACCCGCAGUAGAACAGACGUCCGCAUUAAAAUCGAUGGAGAAGGAGUGCAGAGCAGCGGCCAUUUUAUUUUCACCGCUAACUUCCGUAGAGACUCGACUAAAACGAGUUGUAAAGAGUAAAUAAGUAAAGAGUAAAUAAUGAUGCUUCGUCCACUCGCUUUUCACCACGAAGGAAAGAUGGUGUGGAGCGUGAACUUCCUUCAGCAUGGUGGAAUUAGCUCGCUUCCAUUGUUUUAUUCAAGCUAGCUAGCCGCACUGUGCUAUUACAGCCUCGCCCCCCCACCCCAAGGGUCGUUUCCAUAGCAACGAGCAACAACCACUCUUCUGUUCCACAGUGGCUUUAUAUCAGUUGAGACGUCAUACACAGAUCUCAUUGUAUAAUACUAAUACAGACAUGCUCUUUGUGCCCUGUCCUCUGUCCCACAAGGCGUCUCUCCCAGUAGAAACAACGACUGGUCCCACUAACAAAGCCUCCCCCACACCACCUACACACUCAUUUUAAUAUUCUAGAAUUAUCUGUUAACAAUGUAAAAACAUCAUGUUUUUCAUAAGAACAUUUCCUGCUUUUCUUUGUCUCCUUUAACAUUGUCUGAUAUUUUUUAAACGGCAGUGAGAUUAAUCAAUAAUUAAAACCAUAUUUCUAGCCUUCUUAAAGACUGGGUUGAAUUCUGCUGAUAAAGCACACUCGAUAAGAUAUAGGUGACUAAAUAAUA